AUGUCUUCCCAAACAGAUCUUACCAAGUUGACUCAAGAGUUGAAUACUCUUGUUCAGGAUAUUCAAUUCCUUGUCCGUAAUUUGCCAUAUUAUAUCACCAUCAAUCAAGAGCUUCUUUAUACUAUCGCUUGUAUAUCAUUCAAUCCUAUAUUUUGGAACGUUGUAGCGCGUUUGGAAUACCGUACUCACUUUAUUACCAAGAUUGUUGGUUCGGCAAGAAGAGGGUGCUAUUUAUUAGCAUUGGUCAUUUUUUCACUUGGUGUUUAUCGUGAUCAUGUGUAUAGAAAUUGUCUUCUUAAUCAACCAACUUACCAACCACUUGUUGAUUCAACAAUAGUCAAAAGUAUAGCAAUGGCUACAUUUGGUUUUGGUAAUGUUUUGGUCAUUAGCUCGAUGUGGGCCUUGCGUAUUACUGGUACUUACUUGGGUGACUAUUUCGGCAUAUUGAUGAAGCAAAGAGUUACUAAUUUCCCAUUCAAUAUCAAUGAUAACCCAAUGUAUAAUGGAUCUACUUUAUGUUUCUUGGGUACUGCUUUAUGGUACGGAAAACCAGCAGGUAUUGCUAUUUCCUUGUUUGUUUUCAUCAUGUACAAGGUUGCUUUAAUGUUUGAAGAGCCAUUCACAGCUAAGAUUUAUGCUAAUCGUGCCAAAUUGGAUUAG